UUAACAUUAAUUAUAAUUAUAAUAUAGUAUUAUUCCUGAUCAUUAAAAUAUAUAUAUAUAUAUAUAUGUAUAUAUAUAUUUUAUUACACUUUAACUUUUUCCAUUUUAGGUAUUUAUUAAAUAUUAUUAUUACAAUACUCACAAAAGAUUAUAAAAGCAGCACCACUGGAUGAGGAUGAUUAGCAAAAAAAUUCCAUUAAUAAUAUACCGAAUAAAAAAAUAUCCAAUAACUUACAUUAAAUCGAUUGGUCGCCACAAUAUUCGUAUAUAAACUCUUAAAAAUAUUCUUUAUUCUUUUCUUUAUAUACAGUAAAUGAAUCCAUACGAGACUUCAUCAUUUCAAUCUCCAAUGAUACCGGAAUCUAAAAUAGUUGAAGAAGUCAUAUCGGAGAUGGACUCACUAACUUACACUAAAAUCUUACAAAAAAUAACCAUGCCAAUAGAAUAUUUGAUAAGUCCCAAGAGAAAAUCUCGUAAAGGAAAUACUCCUCCAAGGCCACAAAACUCUUUUCUCAUUUACCGUCGGGACUUUAUGUCAAAGUUAACUACAAAUUAUGGUCCUGAAAUUUCUUCAAAUUUAUCUUAUGUUUCAAGUAAUGCUGGAAAGUGGUGGAGUUCUGAGUCUCAAGAGGUUAAGAAUAUUUAUAAAUUAAUCGCUGAUUUAGCGAAAAAAGUUCACGAACGCACUUAUCCUGGUUAUGUAUUCAAACCUAAAAAAAAGCGCUCUCACAAACCUAUUCUCAAUCAUGAUUUUGAUGACGACUUUCUCUUUGCCUCAAAUACUUUUAAUUAUCAAGAUGCACAAAGAAAAUUUGUUCCACAAUUAUUCAAUUAUCAUCAUCCUGGAUUUUCUUCAAUUUCUACCAUUUCUACUACGAGUGGAUCUAAUUCACCUACAUCACAAAUAUACUCUUCUUAUAAUAGUAAUAAUUCUUCUUCUCAAUUAGUUUUACCUUCCAUCGAUGCUAUUUUAUCAGAAUCUGAUAAUUACGAUAGAUUUAUGUGUCGUUCUUUCCAAGGUCCAUAAAAUUUGUAAUUAUUAUAGGAGGGUUUUUUUUUCUAUGGUUUAAUA